AUGAAUUCUUCUAUGGAUUUGCUUGGGACUGAACUGGUAUCUCAAACGAUUCGUACCACCACACAGUUCACAUACCUCGACAAUAACACCGACAGCCAGUCCCUCACAAACCUCAGCAGCAGCGAGCAUCAGAGCCUUCGCCAUGGACUGAUCGCCAUCUCCGUGUUGAGCGCCAUAUCGCUUACGCUGUCGUCCAGCCUCUUUACCUAUCUCACUUACAAGUUGAUUUCAUGGAAACUCAACAAGCGGGAGCGAGCCAGGAUUCUAGUCUCAAAUGUUCCUGAUGUCCCUCCUGUACCGAAUCUAGAUUUCCAAGAUGGACCUUUUGUGGCGGACAGCCAAACGGCCAAGAUCGCCCAUGAGGCGCACAUCCGUCAGAUACGCAGCAUCGAAAGUGAGGCUCCGAAUCAGUUUCUCAUCCUGAUUUACAACCUGUUCCUCGCCGACAUCCAUCAAGCCAUCGGCUUCUUCAUCAGUGUCGUUUGGCUCAGUAAGGAUGGCAUCUACAUUGACUCGCCUGCCUGUUUCGUCCAGGCCUUGUUUAUCCCAAAUGGCGAUUUGGCUGCCAGCUGUUUCAUUACCCUCAUCGCCAUCCACACCUACUUGUCCGUAGUGAGGCAGUACCAGCCUCCACAGCGAGUUCUCAAUGGUGCCAUCAUCUUCAUGUGGGUUUUCGUCUGGGGCAUGUCGGCCAUCCCCAUCCUCGCAACCAACAACGGAAAGGUGGCGGGUGGCUUCUUCGUUCGGGCUGGUGCUUGGUGCUGGAUCACCAGGUAUUAUGAGAAUCUUCGACUUCUUACACACUAUCUGUUCAUAUUUAUUGCCAUCAUCGUCACAUCUGGUCUCUACAUUGCUACAUACAUCUCCCUCCGACGCCAAAUGCAGCUGAAGGCGGCCAUGCCCCAUGUUCAGCUAAACCACAACCCAGUCUUCCUGAUCUAUCCACUCAUCUACGUCGUCUGUACCCUACCUCUAGCUGUCGGUCGUGUAGCCACAAUGGCACACGCCACUGUUCCAAUCGCAUACUACUGCUUCGCGGGUGCGGCCAUGGUUUCCAACGGCUUGCUCGACUGCAUCCUUUUCAGCAGCACUCGCCACUCCAUCGUCUUCGGUGCCGCUGAUCAGAUCGGAAUGGCAGACACAGGCAUUGACACCUUCUCCUUUAUGCGCACGCCCGCCAGCAAGUUCGGAAAUAACGUUUGGAUUCAGGGAGGAUCGAGCGGGAAUCGAGGCGAAGGAUGGUCUGGGGUCGGUGGCUGGUGGCAGGCUCGGGUUGGGAGAGACGGGACGAGAGGCACGCCUCCACGAAGCGUCAGCCAGGAGUCGUUGCGGGCCGGCGAAAUAAACGACUUGGCUAUCCAAAUGAACGUAGUGACGACAAUGACGGUCGAAGUAGAUCCUGAAAGGAGGAUCAAUCGGCAUCAAAGCGAGAGCCUCUCGGCCGCCAGCGAUGAUACGACGAUCAAAAGAACUGAAAGACAGUUCUAG